AUGCCCAGGGAAUCCAAAGACUCCAGUUUAAUUAACUCAUUACGAAGAAAUAAAAAAAUGUUUUCUAGCCAUCCUUCACUAACCGACAUUUCGAAAUUAAAUAAAGGAGAAGUAACUAAAAUUUUAGAUGGUAUUGAUACUGUAUUAUUAGACUGUGAUGGAGUUUUGUGGUUGAUGAAUGAACCAAUACCAGGUUCAGUAGAAGUUGUUAAUAUGCUGAAAGAAAUUGGGAAAAAAAUAGUAUUUGUUACUAAUAAUUCCACAAAAAUACGAGAAGAAUUUGUUAUUAAAGCUAAAAGAAUGGGAUAUAAUGUAGAAAAGGAUGAUAUCAUAUCCACAGCAUAUCUAGUAGUUUCGUAUCUAAAAAAUCAUGGAUUUUCUAAGAAAGUAUAUGUGAUUGGUUCUAAAGGAAUCACACAAGAACUAGAAUCUGCAGGAAUUAAACAUCUAGGGAUUGGUCCAGAUGUUAUUCAAAAUAAUCUUGCUACCACUGUAGAGAAUAUCCAUCUUGACCCAGAUGUGGGAGCUGUAGUAGUAGGAUUUGAUGAGCAUUUAUCUUAUGUAAAGGUGAUGAAAGCUGCUUCAUACUUAAGCAAACCAAAUUGCCUCUUUAUAGCAACCAAUACUGAUGAAAGAUUCCCCAUGAGUUCAGAUUUGAUUAUACCUGGUGCGGGAACUAUGGUGAGAGCAGUUGAAACUGUUUCUCAACGAGAAGCCACUGUUGUUGGAAAACCCAACCCUUAUAUAGUUGAGGCACUUAUCAAUGAACAUGGGAUAGAUCCUAAGAGGACUAUAAUGGUUGGUGACAGAUGUAAUACAGAUAUUUUAUUGGGAACAAGAUGUGGUUUUCAAACACUCUUGGUGCUGACUGGUGUAACGACCCUGGAAGACAUUCAACAACGUCAGAAAUCUAGUAAAAAGGAAGACCAAGAAUUGGUACCUGAUUAUUACCUAGACAGUUUAGGUGAUUUAUUACCGUUCCUAAAAUAA